UUCUGAAGAAUAUUACAUCAGUUACUACACAGAAGCUAUAAAAAUAGUGAAUAAGGAUAGUAUUUAAUAAAAAUUAACUGUAAAUAUUGUCAUUUGCAGGGUCUGGCACCAGAUUGAGAAAGAAACCUACACUUUUGCUACAUUUAUCCAGCAAAAUAUGGUACAAAUAUAAGAAAAUAUCGAUGAAGACCUUCCCUAAAUCAAAAGAACAUCUUUAUCAUGCUCUGCCACGAUGAUCACCUUAGUAUCCCAAGACAUUCACCUUUUCCCUUCAACUUUCCCUACUAAUCCCCUCCAGCUGAUGACCGUGGAGAACCAGAGCAGCGUGUCCGAGUUCCUCCUCCUGGGGAUCCCCAUCCGGCCAGAGCAGCAGGGUGUGUUCUUUGCCCUGUUCCUGGGCGUGUACCUGAUCACGGUGCUGGGCAACCUGCUCAUCCUCCUGCUCAUCAGGCUGGACUCUCGCCUCCACACCCCCAUGUACUUCUUCCUCAGCCACUUGGCCCUCACUGAUAUUACUUUCUCAUCUGUCACUGUCCCUAAGAUGCUCGUGAUCAUGCAGACUAAGCGCAAAUCCAUCCCCUAUGCAGGGUGCCUUUCACAGACAUGUUUUUUCAUACUCCUUGCUGAUCUGGACAGCUUCCUGAUCACUUCGAUGGCCUAUGACAGGUAUGUGGCCAUCUGCCACCCUCUGCAUUAUACCACCAUCAUGAGCCAGAGUGUCUGUGUCACGCUGGUGCUUGGAUCCUGGAUCAUUGCUUGUGCUUGUGCUCUUUUGCACACCCUUCUCCUAGCCCAGCUGUCAUUCUGUGCUGACAACACUAUCCCCUACUUCUUCUGUGAUCUGGCUGCCCUCCUCAAAUUGUCCUGCUCAGACACUUCCCUCAACCAGUUGGUAAUCUUCACUGCAGGGUUAACAGCCAUUAUGUUUCCAUUUGUAUGCAUCUUGGUUUCUUAUGGCCAUAUUGGGGCCACUAUCCUCCGGGUACCCUCUGCCAAGGGCAUCUGCAAAGCCUUGUCCACAUGUGGCUCUCAUCUCUCAGUAGUGACUCUCUACUAUGGGGCAAUUAUUGGUGUAUAUUUUCUUCCAUCAUCCAACAGCACCAAUGACAGUAACAUAAUUGCUUCACUGAUGUACACAGUGGUCACUCCCAUGUUGAACCCCUUUAUUUAUAGCCUGAGAAAUAAAGACAUGAAAGGGGCCUUGAGAAAACUCUUGAGCAAGAGAACAUAUUCUUCCAACUGA